UCUUGAUUCAUUUACAGUGAAAACUCGUGUGUUUACGUUUAAGCCUGAAAGUCAAUACCAUGUGGUCUUUGUAGAAAAUAACGUUGGGGACGAAUAAUAAAGAAAGAUGGGUAUACGUGGCCUUCACUCGUAUGUCCUUGAACAUGCAUCAAAAACCCUUGAAUGGCACAAGCUUCGCAACCGCAAUCUCAUCAUUGAUGGGAACAAUUUGGCUCAUUUUUUGUAUGAUGAAUGUUCAGGCAUCAAUGCUUACUUUGGGGGCGACUAUGACAAAUAUGCAAAUUUUGUCCAGAAGUUUUUUGAAGGGUUACAGAAGUGUAAUGUAAAGGUCAUCGUUGUAAUGGAUGGUGGCCAGCCUGUUGAUGGCAGCAAAUGGGUAACAGUCCAAACCAGGUUGCAGAUGCAGCUUAGCAUGUGUCUGCGAGCCAGUCCCUCCAUUGCCAAAUUCAAAAUUUUUCCCCCAAUGGGUCGCCAGGUCUUUGUGACAACUCUGCGCUCCAUGGGCAUCACCAUCUUGCAGACCGACUUUGAGGCUGAUAUGGAAAUAGCAGUUCUUGCCAAGAACCUGGGUUACACAGUCUUAAGUAAUGACUCAGACUUCAUUGUGUGUGAUGUACCCUUGAUAAGGCUGGAGUCCAUGAAUUACAAGAAUAUCAUCACUGAGACCAAUAAGAAGACUGGAGAAACCUUCAGCUACAUUCCCUGCUUUCUCUUCAACAGAGAAGAAUUUUGCAUGACAGCUGGCAUCAACAAAGAACACCUGCCUCUCUUCGGCACCUUGCUGAGUAAUGACUACAUACCUCUUGGUGCGUUCUCCAACUUCUACCUUCAGUUGCAGUCAGAAGUACAGCAGCCUGGCCACAAAAAACGUAGAAAGGGAAAAUACUCAGACUUUACAGAAGGCCACCGAAGGAUAGUGAAUCUUUUGUCUUUCUUGUCUCGGCAUGCAUCAAAGCCUCUCAAGAAAAUUACGAACAUUGUAACAAGUCAGUACUUCACUAACAGGUUGAGAAAAGAAGUGGCCUCAUGUGUUGAAAGUUAUGCCAACUUAGAUGCUAGCAAAAGCAACCUCUUUAGCGCUCUCCCAGAAUCCAUCAUCAGCGAAUCCUCUCUAGAAGUAGUGGGCAAAAAGGGAAAGAUAAUGGAAACUGAACUGAGGCUCAAGAAUGGCAAUCAGCCUCCCAAAUGGUUUGUUGAGGCUUACCGUACACAGCGCAUCCCCCAUGAGGUGUCAGACAUUCUAACAAAGGGAGACUUCAUCUCCCCUCCACAAGUUGAGAUGAAGGAGCUACGAUCAUCAUACUUGGUAGCUGAACGAAUUGUACGCUCUGUGUACACUGUACUGUGGAAGGGCUUACCAUUAGAGGCACAGGGAUAUGAUAGUGAGGAGGAAUCAUCAGAAUUUGACAACAGUAGCCAAGAUGGCACUGAUGUUAUGCUCCUCGACAGUGAUGGAGAGGAAGAAAACAAUGAGGCCAGUGAUGAAGAGGAGGAGGAAGAAAAUGAAAUGACCAAUGAAAAAGAGGGAAAGGAGGAAAGCAACAUGGUCACUGACGAAGAGGAAGAGGAAAUGGUCAGUGAAGAAGCAAAAAGUCUGCCAUUGCAACAAAGCAUAACACAUGCAGAGGGGCAAUGCAGUGGCCAAAAUAGGGGUAUAAAGAGAACAAGUCAUGAGCUCACGAAAAAAAGCAGAACACAAGCCACUCAUAUCCAGAAAAGGAGAAAACAGACUUCUCAGGAUAAGAAGGGCAAACCAGUACAGAGAAAACACCUCAGGUGGUUCAUUAGAAAUGGUGAUAGGUUAUGGAUAAAAAAUAUUUACUUCUUGGGGAGACAAAGUGCAGAUUUAUUACCCUCCCUUGAUGAUGUUGAGAAAAUGUCUCUCUAUGAUAAGAAAAUUGCUUUUUAUAGAAUGUUAAAUUUGGAGUCCAGAUUCCAGCAUCUAGAAUUACCUGAUGAUUUGGAGUUAAUCCUUGAUUUCAUCCUUUUUUGGUUCAAGAGCAGCAGCAUAGAGUUGGCAGACAUCCAUGGCAUAGCAGCACUGAUAUGUAUUAUCCAGUAUUAUAUCAUAGAUGGUAAGAAUGGCCGGGUAAGAACUAAGAAGAGAUUUGAAGAAGCACCAGCUGCCCAAGAGAGAGUUCAGAAGUUGAAGAAGGAUCGUGACUAUUCAAGCCAAAAUGCUUCUGUCAUAGAGCUCUUGUACUAUAUGAGUCAUGAUGAGUGUCUGGUAGCUGGGAGCAAUCUCUUCAAUUAUCAUCAUAUGAGGAAGAAUAUGAGUGCUCAGGAAUUCAACAUAAGAACUGUACAUGCCUUCAGUGAAUUUCAAGCAUGUGUGUACUUCAUGCAACUGGUUAAUAGUUUGUUGUGCUUCCCCUUCCCUCUUUUGAGCAUUGAGUUUCUGUGGGGUGGGACUUUCAGUUAUAACAUUUUCCACCAUUUGAAGAGGUGUGGAGAUCCAGUGGUGUGGACUAGACAAACACUGGGAAUGGGAACAUGUCUGGAGAGGUUGUUUGUCAAGCUUUACAGUGCAAUUUCAAAGAAACACAGGCUGCCAAUCUUGAGAGGAAAGAAAAGGAAGCCAAGCAAAGGCGAGAAAAGAAGGAGAGGAAUUAACCUAAAACAGGAAAAUGUGCUGGUUUCCACAACGCAAGAAAAGAAAGAAAACCCACUGACUCAGCUGGACAAUCGUUUUGAAGGACUUGAGAUUGAUGGGAUGGAGAUUUCUAUAUAAUAUAGGUAUCCACAAAUUGAUUAGGAGGAAUUGUUAGAGCUUCAGAUGUAUAUGUGAGAGCAUGGUUGGUUGGUUUUGUAGGUGUAUCUGUGUAAAUCUGCUAUGUUACACAGAAUUUGUGUUUAUGUAAAUGUUAAGAGUGAAAAAAGAAGAUAAUUGUGUAUUUCAGUGAUAAUUACAGAAAAAAAUGCUAUAAAUAAUAUAUAUUUUUUAUCAGUAAGCAUAGUGUGA